AAUUGAAGGCACUUUCAAGCCAUUAUUCUUCUCAGAGAAGGAAAUUAAAGGCAAAAGUAGCUAGAUAGAUCCAUAUACAACAGGGGCGAUCUGAAACACACAUAAGGGUAAUAACAAGAUGGGUCAGUUACAUAAUAUUAUGGUGAUUCUUAUAGUAAUUGCAGUUGCUGCAACAAUGCUAAAGAGCACCAAAGCCGCAGAAUACACUGUAGGGGACAACACUGGUUGGACAAGUGCUCCUCCUGGUGGCGCUUCAUUCUAUUCCGACUGGGCUUCCAAUAUAACAUUCAGAGAAGGCGACAUACUAGUCUUCACAUUCACCGCAAGCCACACCGUGGCCGAACUUACCGACAGGGCAAGCUUUGAUGGUUGCAGCGUGAAUCAAAACCAGGGAGUCAUUACCACAUCACCAGCAAGAAUCACACUCAAUCGUACCGGGGACUUCUAUUUUGCAUGCACCAUCCAAGGCCAUUGCAACAGUGGCCAAAAGCUGAGCAUUGCCACCAUCACAAGCACUUCUUCACCUCCAACUCAAGGUCCUUCUCCUCCUUCUGGAACCACUCCUACCCCACCUUCUUCCGGCGACGAAACACCGCCUCCCCAAUCUCCCCCGACCGAGCCUGGUUCAACUACACCUCCUCCAUCGCGAGGCGAGGCUACCUCCCUUGUUGCAACUUUCUCUAUUCUUCUCAUCACCCUUUUAAUCAACUCAUUGUUGUUUUAAAGUUUGGUCCUAGAAGAGUUUUUUGCUUUAUUUGCGUAACAAGGAAUGCCAGCGAACCUCUUUCCGACAUUUUCUUUCUAGCUAACACUUUUUAUAUGAUUGUUGAAAUUUAUUUAAAAUCUCCUAUAUUGGUGAGUUACACUUCUAAAUAAGAGAACUCAUUAGAUUCAAUGAUUUUUAAUAAAUUUUAAUCACUUAUAAAGAAAGUAUAAAAGGAAUGUUAGAAUAUGAUGUCACUAACAUUUCUUUUAACUUACAUUUGUAUAUAAUGAUUGAAAUUUUUUGAAAAUCUUUUGACGAGUUGUACUUCUAAAUCAAGAAAACUCACAAAAUUAAGUGAUUUUUAAUAAAUUUUAACGUAUUAUAAAAAAAUAUUAAAAAGAGAGUGCUAGGUUGUGGUGUCACGAGACAUUGACAUUCCUUGUUGUUAUAGUUCAUUAUAGUAUACGGGGGUUCUUUCAAUCUUCCUGUUGGAUUUUCUAUUCAUUGUGUAAUAAUUCACGUUUAGGGUGGCUUCAUUAUUCGAUCGUCUUGAUGGUAUUUUUGUAGUGAUAAAAUAAAUUUGCUCUAGCUCGAGUUGCAGGAUUGCUAAUUAAUUUGUUUUGUUAUAUAUGCAUGUGGAUGAAUAAACAAUAAACAAUUGUCAUAUCGUA